UCCCGUGCCUGGUGAAUCGGUCAGUGGUCGAACAGUGGACGUUCCGUUAUCGACAGGACAAAGGGUGAUCGGGCGAGGAGAUGUCUCGGUAAAGAGCGUGGAUCGACUAGAAGCGACGAGAGAGUGUCGGCGCCGCGCCGUCACGACGCGACGCAGCCGCAUCUGUACCCAGCUUCCAGACGACGUAAGGGAGGAAGCUGGUCGAAAAGGGAGACAUAGUGAGCGUGCCGCUCCCGAAGCAGACGCUGUGAGAGCUGCCAGCAUUUACCCUCGACGGCAUCGACGCGAUAGUACGCGCCAGGAUCCUCUCCUGAGUGUUGGGUGAACCAUCGAGUCUCGCGACAGAACCACGGGAAUCGGCACGUGUGACCAUCGCAAUUUAUUCCAAUUUCACCAACCAAACGUCCCUCGGGUUGACGAAACUCGUCCGUGGUCGAUUUUGAUCGGUGUGCCUGGAACGCCCGAGGUUUCGUUUUGAAUUUAAUCGCCAGGACGACGAGGAUCGAAACCCUCGAUGACGGAAGUGCCAACCAUGACCACCUGUGAAUGGAUUUAAGGAAUUUCUCGCUUAGAAAAUAGCAGUGUCGUUCGUCGUUACACGACUGGAGCUUUUUCAUUAUCUUGUUUUUAUUUCUUUAUUUUUUCUGUUUCUCCUGAGUGAGUGGUGGGAUUGGCGUCGACGACCGCGUUGCUGCUGAAGCCUGUUGACACGAACGUUACUGGUAAUAUGAUCGAUGACUAUUUGAUGCCUUAAAACAAACCGGCAUGAAAUAUUUGAAAAUUGUUCUAUUCGCGCUCAACUUGUUGAUAUUGUUGGCAGGGGGUACGGUACUCGGUAUAGGGUUGCAGUUUGAGCCAAGCAAAGGACAUCUCUUAAAUCUCUUCGUACCUGACGCCACGCCGCACGUGACUAGUAACUCAAUAGCUUACAGUUUACUCGGGCUCGGUGUCACGGUGGUCGCAGUCGGUUUCUUCGGAUGUUGCUUCGUUUUGCGCAAAAAUCAAUGCAUUUUAGCCUAUAUGUGCAUGCUGGUCGCGCUGAUCGUCACAGAACUGAUAACAGCCAUUGUCGGGGGAGUGAUGACGUUUCAAAUACUGUCCGGAUUAGAAGAGAGACUCAUUAGCAAAUUAGCCGACGACUACGGCCACGAACCGAACAGCGACCCAUUUAGCCAAAGUCUCGACUUCGCGCAGUAUAAGUUUAAUUGCUGUGGAAUACAUGGAUACGGGGACUACAAUGGCACGGCCUGGUGGAGAGACGGGCAAAUUUCAGGAACCAGAAGGCAGGUCCCUCUCACGUGCUGCGUUUUAAAAAAUACCGAGAAAACGAAUACAGGAAGUCCGAUGAGCUUUGUGUCAAGAGUGUUUCACAAAAUUAAUACUGAGGAACCGUGGUUACAUCCAAAGCCAAAGGACGAGGCAGCGUGUCAAGUGGAAGAUAAAGAGGGUCACGAUGGAUAUCGACAUAAAGAGGGUUGUCUCGGUAAAAUCACCAGUUGGCUGCAGAGUGAGAGUUUCACUUUAGUGAUUCUGGGCAUGGGGAUGGCUGGCAUACAAACGUUCGGAAUCAUAACUUCAGCUUUCCUUUGUCGAACGAUAAGAGACAUGGAAGUGGACUGAGCGACGGUAUCCACGCCCGUGAACGCAAAGCAGGAAGGAAAUCAAUUUCAGGUUCCCCGUGGGUGAUUGCGUGGAAAACGGAUGCGUAUUCUUGACAUAGCGUUAUUUUGCAAUGAUAAAGAUCAUGGGAACGACACACGCGAUAGCGAUUGGUCGUUAGGAGAACGAUAAGGAUAAGACGCUGGUUUAGUCACAAUUAAUUCGAGGGACACUCGGAGGGGUUGCGAACUUCGUUGUAUGAUAGAAAGCUGUGCUUGCUCGGAACCUUCUAAGCAAUUCCCGUCCCUUAUGUGUGUUUCAAGGAAUAUCGUACCAAUUCGAAUAAGAGCGAAGUAUAUAUAUAUUAUAUAUUAAUCCUGUACAUAGACGUUAGUCACUUCGUGUUCACUCCGAGUACGAAUGUCGCAAAAUUAUCGUUUACUCUGUGAUUCACUGCGAAGACGUCGUUGAUAAGUAUAAAUUCGAACAUGAGACGAGUAACUUUAAUAUUAGGAUUGAUAAGUUGCUCUUUGAAUAAAGUUGAAUGGGUAUUGUGGAAGACGAUUCUUCUCCCCUUGUUGGUGUGUUAGAGCAAUAUAUUAAAGGGAGGAAUUGUCUUCCUAAAUAUGAAUUUGAAUGCGUUUGAGAGUAUGAUUUCCGUGCCAUUUGUUUAUAUUUAAAUUAUAUAAAUUCAAAUAAUUCAUAACAUUUAUAAUUGAGCCGUUCAUUGCACAAAUCGAUUAACUCUAUAAAAGAAAAAUUUGAGAAAUGCGAUCAAAAUGCCCUCUGAAAUAAAUUAUUUAUUACUCAAUGACCAAAAAGAUGUUGUCGUUCAAUGGUGUUCAUUUUUAUUAUUCGAGAAAGUUAUUAUAAAUAUAAAAAGUUAUGACUAUACCAAGUGCUUCGACACUUUAAUAAGAUUUUUCAAAAAAUGGAGUUAAUCGAUUUGUGCAGCUCAAUUAUGAUUAUGAAUCAAUUAUAAAAAUAAAAUCAAUAAUGAAUUUAAAAUUACAUUUGCCUGGAUUUACUACGUUCAAAUAUUUGCGAAUGAUAGCGUAAACAACAAACAUAAUACACGAGGUAACGUAAAUUUCGUAAACAAAAUUUGUUGAUACUGUUAUUUGAACAUCGAUAGAUUAAUCAAAACAGAGAAUACAAUUAGUUUCCUUUGUGGUAAACCAAAAUAUGAUGCAACGUUAAAGACACCGUGGAAUACCAAUGUUAAAGUUACUCUCUUUGUAAAAUGAUUUGUAAAUACACGCAACCGACGAUGAGGACGCGUUGUGCGAACGAAGCGAUCGCGCAAUGAAACUGAAGAAAAUAUUUUCACUUUCCCCGAAUCUCGUUCGACACGCGACACGAACUCAUUUUCCGCGUUGGGUCUGCUCUAUUGUUAAAAUCAUUAACUAAUGUUACGUCGACAAUAUUUACAACGAAUUUCAUAACAACGUCUGACAAACUUAUGCGUCAUCAAUUUAUAAGUACUCAGAUAGCAAUUGUCAUCGACACGUACUUUCAUCGAUAAUAUGUUUCCGACAAAAUUUGUUUGUAAAUUGAAUCUAUUUGGUAUUAUAAUACUAUCAAUCGGCUUAAUCGUCCGUUCAUGUGACAAAUUUGACGUCAUGAAAUUGUAUUAUAGAUCAAAAUUCGUGUCGAUGAAUGAACAAUGCCGAAAAAUUAGUGUCGAUGUAUGUACAUGCACGUUGACAACCCGUGAGGUCCUUCAAAGUCAAUAUAGGAUAAACAUUAUCGGAAAAAAAUUGUCAAUGAAACGUUCGUUGACGAUUUUACGCAGACUCCGCCGUGUCACCCUCGCGAUUUAUAUACAUUGGCACGCGCAUAUGUUCGAAACGACCUUGUGAUUUUUUACUGGAGAAAAAUAUCCGUCGAAGAGUGAAUGUACGCAGUUAUUAUGUAUAUGUGUGUGGUAGAAAUUCAUAGUUGCCUACCAAUCGCUUACGAGAAAACGGGGUGCACGUUUCGUAAUGGGAAACGGAGAUAUGCAUCCCCUCUACGAUAGUCUCUAUAACGCCACCGAGAGGGUGUUUUUAUGUUCGUGGGUAACCUUGAGGGAUGAUAAAAGAAUCUAUUACAAUAACACGUGCCAAGUAAAGUGUACCUUGCGAUAAGCGAAUCUAACUUUGUUACACGUUUAUUUUCUUAUGACGUUUAUUGGACGUUUUUUCGCGCAUUCGUAAAUGAUAUAGUAGAGAAACAAUAAAAAUCACUGCUCUCU